AUGGAAACAGCAACUAACUAUGGCUCUUGGCCCAGACAACGUCCUAGGCGUAGGGGAGAUCGGAGCAACAGGGAACGCCUAGACGACGUUUUUCUUCCUGGGCUGCACUGGCGAGCGAUCCCAGUUCGCGACAGAGAACAAGACAGCAAGCGAGCGUACCUUUGUUCGCUUCUUCUCCACCAAGCACGGAAGUUUAAGGAUAACUGUAGGUCGGUGGCUACCUAAGGAAACUCCGAUUCGAUCCGCCCCCUGGCUGGGAGGCAUCUACCUCAUCCCGAUCACAAGGAGAGGUUCACUAUGAUGGGGGGUACUUUUGAUUUCCCUUCCGGAAAGAAUGAAAUGCAUAGGGGACCAUCCUUUUGUUGCGGCAUGCUCCUCAGAUUUACGGAUUCGCAGGGGGCCUCAGGCCCUACUUAGUUGACUGACAAUGACAAAGGCUUGCGAAACUAAGUGGGGCCUUUUGAAUGGAAUCUUAAGUAGUCUAUCAGUGGUGCAAAGCGGCUUUGUCCCUUUUCAGUAGGGGAGCGAAAGGUUAGACCUUAGAAAGUCAGCGAACAGCGGGUCUUCUAUGUAGGUAUGGCG